UAGUUUUUUUUUUUUUUUUUUUCCUAAGUGGGAGGAUUCAGGAUGUCAGCCAAGAUGUGACAGAAGCGAUGGGACGCUGAGAGUGUAAAGUAAGGAGUACAGCACGACGGGAACAGUAAAGUUUAUCUAGAGGCAAGAAAAUUAAGAAAAUCACGUCAAAUGGCACAGACAGAGUAUUCUGACCUUGAGAAGGCCAUUAACACCUUGGUCACAAACUUCCACGCUGCUUCUUCUGAUAAUCGGCCUACGCUGAAGGUAGAUGAGUUCAAGAACCUUCUCUCCUCCCAGAUGCCAAACUUAGUCAAGUCGGAUCAUUUUGGAGAAGUGCUGAAGCAAAUGGGUGUGAAAGAUGGAGAAGGCAUCAGCUUCAAACACUUCUGGAGCCUGAUCCAGAACUUGGCCACAACCCAGCAUGGUCUGCUGAGCCACGAGAAGUUGUCCAAAUGCACCUGCCUGUUACUAUGAGCCACAGACUUCAGCUGCAUCUGCCACCAAGAUCUGGUCUCUCUGCAUCUCUGCAUUUAUCCAGAACCACUCAUCUCCAAACAAAACACUAACUUUCCUUUCUAAACAUUACAAUAAAUUGCUGCCAAAAUAAACAUCAAGAUGUUAUUACAUAAACUGUUAGUUUUUUUGAGUUCAGUUUGUUUUCACUUGCAACUAAAGUUACAGCUUCCCACACAAUUAUACAUUUAACAUGAAUUGAGUGGGUUUUUUUUUUUGUUUUUUGUUUUUUUGUGAUAACACUACAUGUAAACUUACUGCCAUAAUAGUCUAAAGUAUGUUCAUUUUUUACACGCAGACAUGUACUGAGUGGUUUUGGCAAACAAAAAUAACAUCAACAUCCAAAAACUUUUAUUUAUAUUUUCUAAUACUGUUUUGUAUGGCCAAAAUUCAAUAACACCCUGAAUUAUUGUUUAAUAAAAUUCACAUCAGACAA